CAUAUAGAUACACACCGAUAUGUAUCUAUAGAUUCCGUACAUGUUUUUGUGUUGUGCUUUUCUAGAGAGAGAAAAACAGAACACACACAAUACAUACAUACAUACAUACAGACAGUUCUCUCCCCUCUCACGCCUCCACUAUUUCUCUAUCUAAAAGCAAUAAACUUUCUCUCUGUGUCAUCCGAUCAUGGAGAUGAUGUUUCGGUCGAAUCUGUUGCAGAUUCAUAUGCGAUUUUGAUUCUUUCUUUCUUCUUCUUCAGACACCCUUUACUCUCUUCUACGCUUCUCUUUUUAGUUUGACCUUUUCCCAGGUACCCUUUUUCCUCUCUUUCUCUCUCACACACAUAAAACACAUGUUUCUGUGUGUAAAAAUUGUAAACCCCAUUUUGGUUUUUCGAUGUUAUUUCUGGGGUCUCCAUUUUUUUUACGUAGUCGUGCUUAUUCUGAAAUGGGUUUGUGAUUUCUUGGAGUCUUAUGGGGGGUGGAAAAGGGGUUUAGUUGAGAUUAGCAGAUUUUUUGUUCGUUAUUGUCAAGUUAUAGGGCUUAUUUCGUUGGUGAUCUUGUUCAAUUGCUUUGCAUGUUGUGAUCGGUGUAUAGAUUUCAGAUUCCUUAUUGGGGUUUUUGUGGAUCACAUGAUUAGUUGUGGUUUUGUUGUAAAUUUGAGCAAUUAUUGCUUAUUAAUGGGAAUCUAAAAACAGUUCCACACUACCUUUUAAUGAUCUCUCCAAGUUUUCCCCCUUUCGUCUCUUAAAUGCAAAUUUUUUGCAGAUGCUUGUGUGUGUAAGCAUAAUUUCUUGAUGAUCAGAGGCUACCCCAAUUCGAUUUGGGACAAAACUUGUUUAUUUGAGUUGUGUUUGAUCAUUAUAAGCUUCAUUGUGGUCUCAUUAUCAUUUUUAACCUUAUAACAUAUGGGAUUAUAGCUAUGGAGUUGACUGUUGUUUAUUUGAUGUGGUUUUAAUGUUCUUCUUAAGUUUGUAUGUAAAUACUUUAUGCAACUAUGUUUUAUCUAUACCUUGAUUGGAUCAUCUUCAUCAUUGACUAUUCACACUUUUCAUGUUAAGAGAGAUUACAAACAUAUUAUGCAAACAAGGGUGAUAAAGACAAGGGGAUGGUAAAAUCAACAGGGCUUCGAAUCCUGCCAUCUAUAUAUGCAUUUGCGGCCACUGGUAGAUUUACCUCUGGGCUGUGUGAGGUUCUUACAGUUGCGACUUGCCAUGAGAUCGGUCUAGUCUUAGCCUAGGAUCAUCCAUUUAGAAAAAAACAUAUUCUGCGAAGUUGGUAGUUUCUUAGUCUUAAGAAAUGAAAUGGUUCCAAGUAUUUCGUUUAUGAGUGAGGGUAACAUUGCUUUAGGCAUAUAGUUUCACCAAUUUAAGUGAUAAAGUUUGAUGGGAAUGUGUAUGUGAGCAUGUUCCAUUAUUUUGAUACAUCUUUUCUUUGAAGUAGCCAGUCUGCAUUAUUUUAUGUUCAUAACAAAAUACCAAGAUUCUCGUUUAGGAAAUUAGGAAAGUAAAUGCUGUUGACAUCGUUGAUUAAUGGCAGAUAUUGAUACUCUUUUACUUAAAUUUGUUUUCAUGACAGAAGUGUUAUGCAAUGCAACAGUCUGCAGAACGGUUUUCUUCUGGUAUUCUUAAAGUUCUCCACUCAUUUGCUACUUAGUUACCUUUUAAUGAUUGAAAUUGUCUUGAAAAAUUUACUCUGUUGUGUGGCAGGUCCUUCUAAAAUAACAUCAAUGAAUUUCUCGAAAGCAGUUGGAAGUGGGGCUAGGCAAAUGUUAACUGGGCCCGAUACUUAUGAUGCCUCAAGUGAUGCCACACUUUUUUCAAGUUCGUUACCGGUUUUACCCCAUGAGAAGUUGAUCUUGAAUAAUCCAGAGAACAAAUAUCAAUCUUUAGAAGGCAAUGAUUUGCUAGAAGAUCUUGAAGAUGAUGGAAUUGGGAACUUGUUACCUGAUGAGGAUGAUCUUUUAGCUGGUGUGAUAGAUGGUAUCGAUCUCAGUGCUUUUACUAGCCGUGCAGAUGAGUCAGAAGAGUAUGAUCUUUUUGGAAGUGGAGGAGGUAUGGAACUUGAAUCUGAUAUGGAUAACACGAAUAUGGGGAUAUCAAAGGUAAGUUUGGGUGAUGGAGUUGUUGGCAAUGGGGUGGCUCACUACAAUCUUGCAAACAAUGUGGGAACUGUUGCUGGGGAACAUCCAUAUGGAGAGCAUCCUUCAAGAACUUUAUUUGUGCGUAACAUCAACAGUAAUGUCGAGGAUUCAGAACUCAGAACUCUCUUUGAGCAAUACGGUGAUAUCAGAACACUGUACACGGCAUGUAAACAUAGGGGAUUUGUGAUGAUAUCUUACUACGAUAUCCGUGCUGCUCGAACUGCCAUGCGUGCAUUACAGAAUAAGCCGCUACGAAGAAGGAAGCUGGACAUUCAUUACUCGAUUCCAAAGGAUAACCCAUCAGAUAAAGAUAUAAAUCAAGGAACUUUGGUGGUUUUUAAUUUGGACCCUUCAGUUUCAUGUGAAGAUCUUCUUCAAAUCUUUGGGGUAUAUGGCGAGGUCAAAGAGAUAAGGGAGACGCCACACAAGAGGCACCACAAGUUCAUCGAAUAUUAUGAUGUUAGAGCUGCAGAAGCGGCCCUUAGAUCCCUGAAUCGGAGUGAUAUAGCUGGGAAACGCAUAAAGCUUGAACCUAGUCGCCCUGGUGGAGCACGCCGAAACCUGAUGUUGCAACUCAGUCAGGAGUUUGAACAAGAUGACACCCGGAGUUUUCGACUUCAAGUUGGUCCCUCGAUUGCCAACUCUCCUCCAGCAGGUGUCUGGCCACAGUUUGGCAGCCCAAUAGAACACAGUCCUCUGCAAAGUCUAAGCAAGUCACCUGUCCUUGGUUCAAUGAGCCCUACGUUCGGCAACAAUUUACCUGGCCUCGCUUCAAUCUUGCACCCUCAACCAGCAAGGAUAGCACCAAUUGGCAAGGACCAUGGAAGGACUAACCGUAACCAUCUUGAACAAAAUAUGUUCAAUGGAAGUUCAAACAGUGGAUCCACAUUUCAACAAUCUCAUUCACUGCCAGAGUCCAAAUUGAGUCAGUUUAAGGAACCCAUGUCCUCUUUUGGUGGUUCAAGCUCAACUGGUUCAGGAAUUGAAACGUUAUCUGGUCCACAAUUUUUGUGGGGUAGUCCCAAUAUAUACUCUGAACAACCCAAGGGACCUAGCCAUGGCUUUCCUGUCACUGGUCGAUCACCAACCAUGGCUCAUCCAUUUGCUACGACCAAGGGUCCCCCGACCCAUGGGUUUCCCAUCGCAGGGCGCCCUGCAUCUUUGCUUGGUUCAUCACAACACCACCAUCAGCAUCAUCAUGUUGGAUCAGCACCAUCUGGGAUCCCAUUCGAAGGGCAUUUUAGUCGUUAUCAUGAGUCUCCUGAAACAUUGUUCAUGAGUCCUCCCGCUUUCGGAGGUGUAGGUAUAGGUCAUAUUGACAGAGGCUUCUUAGGUUCUCGUGGGUCUGUUGAAAACGGUUCUCCAAGUUUCAGCACCAUGUCUUCUCCCAGGCUUAAUCCCAUGUUUCUUGGUAACGGACAUUACGCAGGGCUGGGACCCACUAUUGUAGAAAGUAUGAGCGAGCGUGGACGGACCCGACGUGUUGACCAAAAUGGAAGUCAGACAGAUAGCAAGAAACAGUUCCAGCUCGAUCUUGAUAAAAUCACGAGUGGGGAAGAUACGCGAACAACUUUGAUGAUAAAAAACAUUCCUAAUAAGUAUACUUCAAAGAUGCUGCUCGCUGCCAUUGAUGAAAAUCAUAGUGGCACUUAUGAUUUUCUUUACUUGCCCAUCGAUUUUAAGAACAAAUGCAAUGUUGGAUAUGCAUUUAUCAACAUGCUUUCUCCAGCGCACAUAAUCCCAUUUUACCAGGCGUUCAACGGGAAAAAGUGGGAGAAGUUCAACAGUGAGAAAGUUGCUUCCUUGGCUUAUGCUCGAAUCCAAGGAAAGAUGGCACUUGUUACCCACUUCCAAAACUCUAGCUUGAUGAAUGAAGAUAAGCGUUGUCGCCCUAUUCUUUUUCAUUCAGAGGGCUCGGAGGCUGCUGAUCAGGAACCUCUUUUGUCAAAUAGUUUGAACAUUCAAAUGCAUCGGUCAAAUGGGUCAGACUCAGGUGACUCUACAGGUAGCCCUCCAAAGGAUGGCACAAACGAGCAGAGCUGACAGCAGAUGAAGCAGCGGUCUUAUUAAGUGUCUAAAUUAUACUCGUUACUCAAGACUGCUGGCUUGCAACCGUACAUAUCAUGUAUAGAAGUAGGAGAAUUGCACCAAAAAGAAACCAAGGGAGCAGAUUUUGUGUACUUCGAAAGGAUAAAAGAGUAAAAAAGAAACCUGAUAAUCAGAAAGAAUGCUUAUAGAGGCGAAUGAUGGUAAUGUACAGUGGAGAUUGCCAUUUUGCAAAUAUGUAAAUUGGUCAUAUCUUCUGCUCAUCGCCUCUUUGUUUUGAGGACCCAUUUUUCCAGUUUGAUUUGGGAUAUUGAUGAUGGAUGAUGUUUACCUGCACAUAAGUUUGUUUGUUGGGGGUAAAAAUGGUUGAGGGUUUCUUGCCAAUUGUAUAUUGUGAGCUUAUGAGGGUAGAAUCUGACUUUUCAUGUCUUCUGCACUUGAUCUGUAGUUCAUAUUUAACUAUAACUGAAUUUGGAAUCUUUUUUCCCCUUCCU